AUGAACACUAUUCUGGGAGAUCUUCUCCCUGAUGACGUGGUCUUCGCUGAAGAGCUGCUGGAGCUUGGGUUUGUCAUCACCGACGAUGACAGGAUUCGCUACGUCGGUGCCCCGGACCAGGGCCCGCGAUUCAAGAUUAACCGGAGUGCGCGUAUCAAUAAGGCUCACAUUGAGGCCUUGCAUAAGGCGAUCCGUACCAUCAUCAUUGACCGGCUCCUGGGAAUGGGCAUGCACUUUAUGAAGGUGCCCAAGGGCAGCAAGCGCCAGGUACCCAUCCUCGUGUCGGGCAACGUUGACACUGCGCCUCGAGUCGUUGUCUUCUGUGGCGAGAUAAUCGAAGACCUGGGUAUCUUCUCGUACCGUGACGUUUGCGACGAGGGCGUUUCUUUCGGUUCGAUCCUUGGCUUUGCAAAGGCUCUGCUUGGUGAGAAUGCCCAAGAUUCACCCAAUGCCCUCAUCCUUGCGAACGCCGGCCAAAAGAUCUGGUACAAUUCAGGUUGGUACGCGAUGACCGAAGACAGUUAUCAUGGUCACCACAGCGCCUCUGGUAUGGACCGCGAACGUCCACUGAGUCCUCGUAACAUGCUCGACAAAGGCGGCAUCGUUGAGCACGUCCGGAACAUCUUCGAGGGACUCUUGAUUCGCAACAACUUCCAAGUCGAUGCCAAAAUCGACGUCAUUGGCCUGUCUGAAGGCGGCCAUGCUGCUAUUACAUACCUGAAGAGCCAAUGGAGUUUCUGGUCGCCCAACAUCUCCUCCCUGUCCCUCAUCAACCCCGAGACUAUUGCUAAGACCGAGACCAAGAUUGGUGAUCUGAAGGAUCCAAAGUCUUUCUCCUGGUUCAUGAAGUACCGCUGCCGUGGCUGGGCUGUUUCUGAUAAGCCGGUUGGCACACGUGUGCCUGGUCUUGAACUCCUUCAUGGUGGUUGCAACACGUACUCGUCCGGUGAAAGCACCAAGUCGUCUUGCAUGGUCACUCGUGGUAUGGCACACAUCUUGACGUGGAUGAAUAUCAUGCAUGAAUGCCCAGCGGCGAUGGAGAAAUUUGAUGUGGUGCCUGGCAAGAUUGAUCCCGACAACGAAGUUGUUCCCGCUUCACUGAGCGACGACAUUGAGCUCACUGGCGGCAAGCUUGAAGGGCACGACCUAGCGACCCUGAACCACUUCAAAAAGCUCCUGACUGGUGUCAUAUUUACCGAUAAGAUGGUGACCUUUUUUAAGGACAAGUACACCGAUGAGAUGGCUAGCUUUUCAAAUGACAAGUCGAAACACGGCGACAAUGAUGACACUUACGACGAAAGUGAGAGUUCGGAAGGUGACAAAGUUGAGAAGAACGACGAAUAUGAUGAUCUUUCUGAUCUUGUCCCUGGUCCUGCUGACCCGUCUCCUUCGGCGGUUCCUUCCUCGCUUCGUGACGCUCUUCCCGACAUUGUCCCUGCCGAGGUUCCUGAUGCUCUUCCUGUCACGGCUCCUGACGCUCCGAUUCCGGAAGGUGCCUAUGCCGAUGUCAUCAGAGGCCAGACUGGCCCGUUUGAUCUCAGUGAUCUGCAGGAUAUCCGAGAAGAGAUUGGAGAGGAUCAAAUACUUCAAGUGUGCCCUGCUUCCUUAUGA